AUGUCAUCCUCGUCGAUGUUCGACCAGUCCCGGGCAAGCAGCGAGAUUGAGGCAGUGCCAGCGCGACGUUUCAAAGUCACGAACCUAUGGAAGAAAAUCGUCUCGUCAAACAAGCCUUCUCUCGCACAAUCCGGAUUGACGGGACCCUGCAGCUUCAUGGGUCUACCACCAGAACUCCGCCUCAUGAUUUACGAACGGCUCGGUACUACCUGGACCCAACACACGAUCGCCGUAGAGGGCUUUAGGUGUCAUAUCAGUGUCUGCAAUCCAUCAGUCCCGGUCCGCAUUCUCGCAACAUGCCGACAAGUCCAUUCUGAAGCGUUGGAGAUCAUGAAAAGAAAGAUGUUGCGCCUGCAUUUUACACGUCCGAAAAUUAUCAUAGACAUUCGCACUGUGUGGCGCCUGAUGCAUGCGCAGACCAGACUCAAGGCCAAAGGAGACGACUUUCUGGACACGAUCCUGCAAGGAGUCAGACUCGCACCCAACUCACUCCGGCACCUGAUAAUGCAGUAUCGAGAUGGUCGUCUUCCCGUUGAAGAUCUGCGGGCCGUCCUCAAUAUCAAACGCACGAUGGGUACAAGCUCUCUUGACGCUACAAGAGCCUUUUCGUCAUUCAUUUUACGAGCGGCAAAGCACAUUGAAUAUUGGAAGGCAUCACUUGGCGUUGACUUCAAGAUACCAAUGGACAUGGUCAUCGAAAUUCCAUAUACUUCAGGAUGUCCGUAUAUUGACAUCAAAGUAUUUCCACGAUGGAUAUUUCAGUCCUCGUGGCUGGACGACGAUCGAAGACGAUAUCUUACAGAGCAAGCACGUUGCUAUUUUGUGGUAAGUCGGCUUGCACAUUACGCUAUGACCAAGUGUGUUCGUUGGAGUUCCAUGCCCAUCGUCGUCUCGCCCAAGUACUCGGGAGAUAGCAGUAACGGCAUGGCUCCAAGAUACACAGAAGACCAAUUCUUCUUGACCGUCGACUAUGGAUUACAAAUUGCGGGCCGAGAUGAUUGGAUUCUAGGUGGUUAUUGA